AUGACUUUCCGCAAAACUUCUUAUCUUCUUUCUGGCCUCGCAGCAGCUGGUACUCGUGCCCUCUCUGGACCGUGUGAUAUCUAUGCUGACGGGGGAACUCCUUGUGUUGCUGCCUUCGGAACCACGAGAGCAUUAUACGGGUCGUACAGUGGUCCGCUCUAUCAACUCCAGCGUGGUUCCGACGGCCAAACCACCAAUAUUGUCCCAACAAGUCCUGGUGGCGUGGCAGACGUCUCGGUGCAGGAUACGUUCUGUGCCAACACCACCUGUACCAUUCCCAUCAUUUAUGACCAGUCUAGCAAGGGGAACCAUCUCACCAGGGCACCUCCUGGCGGUGGUUCCAAGGGCCCUGCGCCUGGACAGUACGAUGAUCUCGCGGCGGCUUACGGCGCUCCGGUGCUGGUAAACGGAAAGAAAACAUAUGGCAUCUUUGUUCAUUCUACAGUUGGUUACAGAAAUGAUAAAACCACUGGCGUUGCUGUUAAGAACGAGGCUGAGGGCUUGUAUGCCAUCUUUGAUGGAACUCAUUACAAUGAUAAGUGCUGCUUUGAUUUUGGCAACGCCGAAACUACGAAUCACGCCGAUGACAACGGAUCCAUGGAGGCCAUCUAUUUCGGUGAUGACACCGAAUGGGGUUCUGGUGCUGGUUCUGGGCCGUGGGUUAUGGCCGAUAUGGAAAAUGGCCUGUUCUCAGGCCAAGGUGCUGGCUACAACCCAGGAGACCCGACGAUCGAGUCGCGAUUUGUGACUGCGUUUCUCAAAGGUAACUCGACAAACUUGUGGGCUCUUCGCGGCGGCAAUGAAAAGUCACAAUCUCUAUCUACCUACUAUAGCGGACCUCGCCCCAAUGGAUACUAUCCAAUGGACAAACAGGGUGCGAUCGUUCUUGGUAUCGGUGGAGAUAACGGUAACCUGGACCAGGGAACUUGGUACGAAGGGGUUCUUACUUCAGGCUAUCCAUCUGAUGAGACCGAGGAUGCAGUUCAGGCCAAUAUUGAGCAAGCUGGAUUCACUGCAACGUCUCUGGCAAAUGGCCCACCACUCAGCGUUGGGUCAACUAUCACGAUCAAAGCCACGACUCCGGGUUUCACAAACCGAUACUUGGCCCAUGACGGUUCCACUGUUAAUACGAAAGUUAUUACCUCCUCUAGCGAUGCAUCCACGAAGCAAAAGGGCAGCUGGAUUGUUCGACAAGGUCUUGUCACCUCCGCCCUGGGCUGUGUAUCGCUCGAGUCCUUCGACACUCCAGGUUCUUUCAUUCGCCAUAGUGGCUUCACACUCUAUCCAAAUGCAAACGAUGGAAGUAAACAAUUUUCAGAGGAUGCCACUUGGUGCCCGCAACAGAGUUUUGAUAGCGCAGGUUCCAACGCUUUGCGAUCAUGGAGCUACCCUACUCGGUACUUCCGACACUACGAUAGCACUGGCUAUGCAGCGAUGGAUGGUGGAUGGGAGGUUUUUGAUGCCAGCACCGACUUUACUGACGAUGCUAGCUGGUUUAUUAGUAGCUCAUUCCAGAAUUGA